UUGACGUUUAUUGACAAUACACACAUCGAGAGGAGCGGACGUGCGCGCUCUGCAAUUGCUUCAUUUUACUUGUAGUACCCACCGUAAUAAAAGUGUGAAUAUUGAUAAGUGAGUGAUUUCUAACCCGCAGUGCACGUAAUUGCGUACGCUUAUUCCAAAAUCGAGGUGUGGUUGGUGUUUUGUUUCAACAAUCAUCAGAUAUAUAUCUUCAAAUACAUACAUAUUUUCUGCAAUGAAUGCGGCGGCGCAAAAGGAUGUUUCAACCGUUAAAAAUAUAUUAAAACCAUGGACCAAAGAACCAUUAAUGAAAUGUUGGGAUUGGUGCAGUCCGAUGCUGGAUGGAGAAUCCUUAAGCAAUUUGUUCAAGUGUAUGGGAAGUUAUUGUAGCUUUAAUACGAACGAUUCCUGUGACAUGGUGGUUCAUUUAGCGAAACACGAUGAUAGUGCCGGAAUUUUUACUUGCGCUUAUUGUGUUAUGGUUUGUGAUAAAAUAAUUGAUCUUAUUGAUCACAUCAAGAAAGACCAUGGGCAAUGCCGUUUUCAGUGCGGUUAUUGCUUUUAUCGCUCACUGGAUGCUGCUAAUGUGUUAAAUCAUCAGCAAAUAUAUCAUGCUGAAGAUCGAAGCGGUGAAAAAUCAAUCAUCGAACUCCCCGAACGCCGCGACAUUCCUAAGAUUAAUUAUAUGUCUGCUGCUUUGAAAGGAAAAGUACGGCAAAAAAUAUUGAAAUGUACAGUAUGCCAUAAGCAAUAUCUGGCUAUAUCAUCGUUUAUAGAACAUGUACAAACGGUCCACUGUGGUGUGGCUAUCUCAUGCUGCUGGUGCUUAAGAACAAUUAAGAAGGACAAUGUUGCCGCUCAUUUGCUUACCCAUUACAUCGGAACAUAUGAAUGUUUGUAUUGUGAUUAUGCGUGCAACAUUAAGCAAAUGAUGCAACGGCAUCUUAGUAAUGUUCAUCCUAACAAACCAUUAUUCUGUUCUAAAAGGCGAGAAGUGAUGGUCUGUAUAUUUACACUUUUACUUUCACAUUCUUUUUAAAACUUUAAUUAAAAUUAAAUUUAACUUUAAACCCAUUUUUUCUCUUUCAGAAAUCGAAUCAGCCUAAUAAAAAGUACUUGCUAGAUUUAAGAGUAGUAGUACCUAACGAACUUGUGAAAUAUUUGGAUCCCGAUACUUCGAAAAGCGUUACAAAAACUAGUAUUAAUAAUAAUGAAAAAUCACCGAUUGCAGUACCACCGAUAUUACCGGCGGACAUAAAAAAGGAAGACCCAAAUGUGGACACCAAAAUACCAAAAAUUCUUAACGUUCAAGGGGGAAUUAAACUCUCUACAGCAGGGAAAAUCCUAACUGCCCAGCAAACAUUGCCUAUAGCGGCUGCCAAUCGUACAGUUUCUUUCCCCAACGCUAACGUGAACGUUAAUCGUGGUACGAAACGAGUAAGCGAUUCGCCUGUGUUAGGUUCGAACAAGAGAUUUAGGUUGAUACGCUCCGAAACUGGAACAAUGUUGUUAAAACUUUCUUCGAAUGCCAAUAUUACUGUGGCGAAACCAUCUACCAUUACGGGGCUAAGUGCUAGGUCUCCCUUGAUGGUUGGAAAUGGACCAAUUAGGCCAAAUGGAACGCACCCAGCAAUAAUAACAAGUCGUACAACGCAAACCGUACGAUCUUCUACAGACAGCUGUAUGACUACCAGCUCUACAACCUCAUCAUUCGAUAAACCUACUUCUUCGAAGCAAUUUUGUGAUGUGACACAAAGAGCCUUCGCAACUAGCGCUCAAAACAGCGAAAUCUCUAAUAGAGUCAAGAUACCCAGCAUGACAAUUUUCGAUAGACCUUUUGUUGCCUCGUACAGUGGUUAUGGCGAAAAAGAAGCUACAGUAAAGCAAAUAGGUUUUCAUUUUGAAGAAUUUCCUGAUCUAAUCGAUCGAUACUACCGAUUUUUGUGUUUACGUGCAAACAGAAAAAAGAUCACCCCGAUGGAGAUUAACACGUGCGGAAUGAUCUCAUGUACGGAACGGUUCGAGAAUCACGACGCACUAGUACAGCACAUGCGAAGCUAUCAUCACAUACUAUCUACAGAAGCCCCGUUACCAAUCACUUGCAGUCACUGUCUACUUAAGUUGAACAAUAUAAACACUUACAUCUAUCAUCUCACAGUGCACAGUCUCAAUCAGUAUGUUUGUUUCGUGUGCUGUUACAAACAUUUUUUGCUACCUAGUGUUGUGAAACACAUGAACACGGAGCAUGGCUGUACUUCGGUGCAGCUGUCCUUUGCUCAUCCGGUAAAGAAGGAUAUAUUGUCCGAUAUAAUUACCGUCAUGCCAGGCAGAAUAUCAGUGGAAGACAAGCGAAAGUAUGUGAAACAAACUAUAGAAAUAGGAGAAAAGCUCAUACAAACGAAAAUCAACUCAAACAAACCGUUGUUAUGGUCUAAAUCGAGUUUUGCUGGAAUUACCGCAACGGGUACUGUGAGCCAUAAACGAUAUCCCAAACAAGCACACUACAGCUUGCUUUAUAAGUGUGGUCUCUGUGGCAGUAAUGAGACCAGUAAAAUAUCAUUUCAAAAGCACUUAAUUGAGUGCCCUGAGAGAAAAAAUCACAACUCUUACAUAUGUGCGCAUUGCAGCAAAACAUUCAAAGAUUGGCUGAAAAGCCCAGAAACUAUCUUUCAGCAUCUGUACUACCAUGGGGAAAAUUUAUACGGGUGUGGAAACUGUGCCUAUUACCAUUAUUUGUUUGAGAAUGUAGCCAUGCACAUCAAGAGCGUUAUGCAUUCGUCCAAGUGUGAGAUAAACGUGUUGCGUGAAUCAUCGGAGCAAUGGGAAUGUAAUGUAUGCCAGUUGCGGUCGCCCUUAAGGCAAACGAUCAUGGAGCAUAUGCAGAAUGUGCACGAUUUGCCAGGUGAGCGUUUCAUGUGUUCGCUGUGCAAAUUUCGAACAUUUACUAACGCGGAAAGUAUUAAACAUUUUAAAGACAAACAUAAUGAGCAGGACGUCGUGAUGAUUGAGAUGUACCAUGUGAAGGAAAUCGAACAAUCAUCAAACAACGAAGACACAGAAUCAGAAUCUUCCGACGAUUUGCAAAUCAUAGAGAAAGUAGUUGAGGCAAUCACAAUUUCUUCGUCGAUUGAUGAUGCAGAAGAUUUGGACGAAAGGCUGGCAGAUUUUGACGACUCUUUGAAUGAACGCAUAAACACAGAACAUAGAAGAGUAGGCAAGGGUAGUAGCAGGCGUGAGAAUUUAAUGCUAUGUCCGGUGUUACGAGAGCAUAGUUAUGCUCUUCUAGCUACCGAUGAAACUGACCAACAAGAAGUUGUCUCAGCGUCAGCUGCAAAGGUGAAAGUGGAAAAGGAUCUCGAAAGUGACACCAUGACGAAUGAAACGAACACAGCUGCUACGGAUGCAAAUAAAGAUACUGCAAUGGAGGACAGCCAACAAUCUAAGGACAGUAAUGCUACAGGUGAGACUAAUAAAGACCUUUCAGUAGACAAUCAUAGUGAACGGCCUCGUGCAAAAUCCUUGGAAUCAGCGAUGGAACAGAGCAUGUCGCCAAAUACAGUAAUGAAUGCUUUUGCGAUGGAAAGGCGUGCCUCAAAACGGGUUGCUGUAAAGAAAGACGUAACCUGUCGUUGGAGUGUUUGCACCAAAUUUGGUUGCCUCUUUUGUGAUGACUGCUUCGAGCACUAUAAAUCAUUGCACAUGCACUCCCGAAUUGUCCAUGGUUUGAUUAGCAAAAAUUUUCUCAAUGAUCCAACAGAGGAGAGCGAUAAAAUUGGUUCGUUUACCGGAUUUCGGUUGUGCAGCAUUAAACGCUGCUUUUAUUGUGACAAGGAGGAUACCUUUUCGGCGCUUCGGACCCAUUGUGAAACGACGCACGCAGAUAAAACUUUCGUAUGUCUUGAUUAUUGGAACCCACUCAAAUGUGGACUGUGUGCGUAUCUCAAUGGUUCUGGCCAUGAGAAAGAUUUCUCCCAUCACUAUCAACAGCACCACAGUAGUGGAGCUAAACAUUUGUCUCCAUUUGAUCAUAUUGACGAUACCUUUAUUGACUGGGCGCUAACGCUUGGUAAGAAGCAGAACGUUGAAAACAAGGGAGACGGCAGGGUAAUAAGAUACAUUUGUGGGUUAUGUACUGAACAAACUGUGGACGAGUUAAGCAUGGGUCAGCAUGUGGCUAGACAUGCGUUGAAAUACGAUUGCCCGCAGUGUGAUGCAACCUUUAAGGAAUUGAAGGUGCUUUACGACCAUAUGACAAUUAUACAUCGUAAUGAAGAUUAUGUUGUACCAUCGGCUGCUCCCAUGAUUGAAGACCAAACGCUGCUAGAGGUGAAAAUGUGUUUCAUCAAUGGUUUUAUUUUGUCAAAGCGCGAGGCACAGUAUACUUGCCAUGGAUCAAUUCAAUUGUUGGAAGAAGGCUAUCAGAAGUAUUAUGCACAACAGAAGAGUGAUUUAGAAACGCAUAAGGAAUUGAUGCUGAUGCCUGUUCUUACAACAGAAGAACAAGAAGAUAAUCAAACCACAUGCAAAUUGUUUAUGCAAAAUCAGAAAAAAUAUCCUGUGAUCAAGAUCACAUCUGUCGAAGUGAGUGAUUUGGUAGAAGGUAAUACGAAUCCGUGAUUUGACAUAAAUUACACUGCAGAGUACAAUUUGGGUUUUAAAAUGCUUCUACCAAUAAGUUUUAAUUACUUCUCACUUUGUUUCAUUAUUGUUACGUUAAGGCUUUGUUAUCAUAUGUGUAUAAUUAGUAGUAGGAGAUAUCGUAAAAUAAAUGAAUAUUCUGAAUAAA